UGCCUGUCCAUCUGUUCGUUAGCUACCGAGCGAUAAACACAAUCUCAGAGCUAGUUACAUUUCUACAAAAGCUUUGUGUUGGAUGCAGUGUUUGUAAACACUGAACACUAAUAGCCGGAAUAUAUUGUUUGUAAUAGUGUGUUUCGUCGAAAACGAAUUUCUUCUGUAUAUGUAUAUAUGUGUAUAUGUAUAUUUUUUGUUUAAUAGUUAACGUUUAGCUUGCUAGCUCGCUGUCACGGUAACGCGAUUGGACUUAGCUAGUUGUAUUUCCAGUGUUACUUGUUAGCACUUAGCUAUGAGAGCGUUAGUCGUUAAUACAAACGUGCCUUCAGUAAAGCAGUAGUUAGCAGCGAUGUACAACGGUUACAUUCGAUACAUUUUAUAAACACCCGAAAGCUUCCAUGAUGCCACCAGCAUGCGAUUGCUGACGACGGUUUUUUAUUGUUGUACGUGUGCAUUACUGUUAUUAGGAAGUUAGAACAUCCAGAGACGUUUUGUGCUUUAAAACCAUGGAGGAAAACGGGGAACCGAUAGAAUCUGACGAUAUCGUGAUUAUCGUGGAAAACGAGGCGGAGAGCAAACCGAUCCAAGAGGCCAAGCCGAAAGAGGAGAGCAGCUUGGGCCUGCUGGACAUCUGUCCCCUGUGCAAGCUCAGCUUCCACAGCAGGGAACCCAAACUGCUGCCCUGUCUGCACUCCUUUUGCAAAAGAUGCCUUCCUUCUCCAUCGAGGAACCUGGCGUACACAGAGCAGAGCACCAACCACCAGAUGCCGUCUGAUGGACAAGGCAAGCCAUCAGUAAACGUGAUCCGAUGCCCGGUUUGUCAUCAGGAGUGUAUGGAAGUCGAGGUCUUGGAUAACUUCUUUGCCAAGGACACUAUGGAGGUGCCAAGCAGCACCGUGGAGAAGACGAGUCAGCUGUGUAUGAGCUGUGACGACAACACCGAGGCAACCGGUUUCUGUGUGGAGUGCGUGGAGUUCCUGUGUGUCACCUGCAUCGAGGCUCACCAGCGUGUAAAGUUCACUAGAGACCAUACCAUCAGGCAAAUGGAGGAGAUGUCUUCAGAAGCAAUGGGUGCUUCCACACAAAAACCAGUUUUCUGUGAGGUCCACAAGCAAGAGCCUCUGAAGUUGUUUUGUGAAACUUGUGAUCGUCUCACCUGCAGAGAUUGUCAGUUACUCAAACACAAGGACCAUAACUACCAGUUUCUGGAGGAUGCAUAUAGGAACCACAGGGAACACCUAGAGAAGAUGACGGGUCAACUUCAGGAAAAACGGAAGGCCAUCGGGGAUGUGUCCGACACUAUAAAUAAUGGUCUUCAGCAAGUGGAUGAAAACCGCAAGACUGUCACCAAUGAGAUUAAAAAGGCCAUCUGCAAUCUAAUUAUGGAAAUAAACAGAAAAGGGAAGAUCUUAAUCAACCAGCUGGAGGCACUGACAAAGGACCAUGAAAUGGUGCUGAAGAAACAGCAGGAAGACAUCUCCACCCUCACCAAGCAUCUUGAUCAUGUGAUUGGCUUCACAAAAUGGGCGACGGCCAGUAACAGUGGCACUGCACUUCUGUACUGUAAACGGCUGAUCUUGUAUCAAAUCCAGUACCUUCUCCGAGCAAAGUGCAAUACCUCAUACGUUCCUCAGAGUUCAGUUCGCUUCCAGUGCCGGGCUGCUUUUUGGGCUUCAAAUGUUGACCUUGGUUCUCUGGUGGUAGAGAAAAGUUCAGCUCGGCAGCCGAGUGGCCCCCAGCCGUUUCCUUUCCAGCAGAUGAACCCUGGCCCCAGAGGCGAUGGGCCCCCUAUGGCCCUGACUGGUUCUCAGGCUCAGCAGCCCAGGCAGAGUACACUGGCCCAGCUGCAAAUGCAGGUGGAGAAACUUGCUCAGCAGCCAAAUCGACACGUAUCUCCCAAUCACUGGUCUUGGGGGAUGCGCCAUCCAGGGCAACCCACUCGUCCAAUGCAGGGAGGGUCACCUUCCCAGAAUUUAACUGGCAUGCCCCAGCAGGCUUGGAGGUAUGGCAACCCGCACAUUAAUACGAGAAGUCCCCCAACUCUCAUCCAGAACUCUGGCAUCCCACAACAGGUAAAGACUUUGAGGGGUCUCAUCAACAGUUCUAACUUCCCUCCCAAACCAAUGGAAUUGCUGCAAGGACCCUCUCGCUACACCCAGAAUGCACCUCAUCACAACUCUGGUCCUCUCACAUCUCAGGCUUCUUAUAUGCAGCAGAGGAACAUGAUGGAUGCCACAUACCUCAGCAGGAGAAAUGACCCUGCUGCUUCCAUGUCGGUGUCUGGCCCCAGAGCUAGUUUUAUUCACACUUUGCCCCCUACUGUGCCAGAUAAAAGUGCACCACUAAGACAGAUUUCUCCUAUGUCUGCUCCUACCUCAUCAGAAGCACGGACAGGUGCUGGUCCCUGGAAGCGUUCAGAGCCUCCAGUGAGUGGGCAAUCAAGCCUCACAUCAAAAAGAAGGAGAAAGUCAUCUCCAGGGCCUGUCAUAGUCAUCAAGGAUGAGCCUGAGGAUGAUGACGAAGUUCGCUUUGUCCAGACGACUACCAAAGCUAGUCUUCCUGAUAGCACAGGCGUGCAGUCUCAGAACCAACAGCAGGGGUCACCUCCCACAGAAGAGCAGCAGACAGAGAAAAGCCCCGAACUUGAUGAGGACCCCAAUGAGGACUGGUGUGCUGUGUGCCAGAAUGGAGGAGAGUUACUUUGCUGCGAUAAAUGUCCCAAAGUCUUCCAUCUCAGCUGUCAUAUUCCUACUCUCAAUGCAUCACCAAGUGGUGAAUGGUAUUGUACAUUCUGCCGCGACCUUAACUCCCCUGAAAUGGAAUAUGACAUUGAUGGUGGCGGGGAGCCAAAAAACGUGAAACCGGAUCCGGAUUCAGUUACCUUCACGCCUGAGGAUAGACGAAAGUGUGAACGGCUGUUACUCCGCAUCUACUGCAACGAACUCAGUACCGAUUUCCAAGAUCCUGUAACACCCUCUUCCAUGCCAGAAUACAACGAGAUUAUAAAAACCCCAAUGGACCUGUCUAAAGUGAGAAGCAAACUGGAGGUCAAGGAGAGUCCCAGUUACAGAAGUACAGAGGACUUUGUGGCAGACAUGAGGCUUAUUUUUAAAAACUGUGCUACUUUCCACAAGGAGGACACAGAGAUGUCCAAUGUUGGUGCAAGCCUGGAGAGUUUUUUUGAAGAGCAGCUGAAACUCUUGUAUCCGGAUCGGACCUUUCCUGACGUAAAGGCAGAGGAACCUGCUCCGGAACCUGAACCUGAACCUCAACCUGAACUUGAACCUGAACCCGAUCUUGCACCAGCCACACCAUUACUGAAAGAUACAGCAGAUGCUGCAACUCAGUCACCAAAAACACACACACCAGAAGCCCCUGCAGCAAAGGAGGAUGGGGAAACGUCUAAUAAAAGUCCUCCAAAGGAGGAACCUCAGUCAGAAGAACCUGUGGAAAAUACAGAGGGCCUCGAAAAACCACAGGAAAGCUGUAAUCCUGAAGAUGCACCCAAGGAAGACAACAAUAAUGAUCAGAAUGAGUAAACAGACUAAAUCACCAUGUCCCUCUCUGUCUUUCUCUCUCUCCAUAGACACUUGGAGUGCUUACCACAUCAUGGUGUAUUAAUUCUGCAAUAAUAAGAAUAUUGCAUACAAAAUCACGGUUAAGAGCAAUACAGCUCAUUAGGGUAUGUAAAAUAGGCACAAUAAAUACAGAUGUAAAAAAUAAGUAAUUUUUUUUUUAAAAACUGCAUUACUUUUUAUUGCAUACCAAAUUGCAUACAUUGUCUCUGCUUCUAAAAACGUACAUGACUUGAUUUGCUUUAUAUAUUUAUUUGUCUUGUUCAAGUUUAAUUUGGUGCUCCAGAGAUGAGCAUGCUUAGAAAUAAAUUUGAUUAACUGUU